AUGGAGCUUAAAGACUUUAAAAUCCCACUGCUCAGUAACUUCAAUGACAUCAUUGACUUCUCAGGCACUGGUAUGAGUGAAGAAGAGCCACAGGUUACUAUGGAAGAUGCUGUAAAGGAAAUCGAAUGCAUGAUUAACGACAGCUUGGCUCAAUCUUAUACCAUGAUGGACGAAAUUAUCAGUGUAAGAGUUACUAAUGAUGAAAAAUCCUUAUCCUCCUAUUAAAAUUUAUAUAUAAAACUAUAUCAAAAUAUUAUAUAAAAACAAGGGAAUUUUUUUAUAAUAAAAUGUUUGUAAGAAGGAGUUAGUUUAUAUCACAGAAACAGACUUGGUUAUUUGGGAUCGACAGUCCAAAGAGAGGAAAAACAAGCAACUUCCCUUCGUUCCGCAGUAUUUAGAGCUCUGCAAAGGCGAUAAAAUCGCUUUGGUCUCUAGAAGAGGAGAAACCAAAAUUAACGCUUAUGGGAUUCCUGGGCUAGAGUUCAUGAAAGUCUUAGACACCCACAAGUCAAAAAUUAAAAACAUGUUUCUGUCCCCAAACCAAAGAAUUCUGGUGACUCCAAUGGAGGAAGAAGAAGUGCUGAAAUGGGACUUGGAUACUUUAGGAAGAAGCCAAGAGGUAACUUCAGAAGAGUUCGAGAUGGCUAGCUUUUCACAUAAUAGUGAAAGGGUUCUACUUAUAAACGACAAGAAAGUCGCCCUUUAUCCACUCAACGUUAAGUACGCUGAAGUUUCUGCUAACUCCCCCCACCCCAUCCUAGAUCGAAUGAUUGACUGUAAAAAUUCCUAAAAAUUGGGAAAAUUAACCCCCAUCCUUGAUCGAACGAUUUUUAUAUUAUGCAAAUUUUUAUAUAUAAAAAAAUAUAUUAGUUAUCAAAAGCUUGGGAAGAUGUACAUAAUGAAGUUGUUUUCAAAGACUUUGAGACGACAGAAAGCUACGAUAUUAACCAUCCAAAGUGAUUUAGUCAUCAACCUAAGCUUAAAAAACUCAAUAAUCUAAAAAAUAGAGAUUCUUUAAAAUUAAAAUUUUUUUAUUCAAUAAGAAAUAAAUUAAAAUUUACACAGUUUAAAAGGGUAUCCAAAAAAUCAAAAUAUUAAAAAUUGGUAUUUUUAUGAAAUUAAUUCAAUUUUUUUGCUGUAAAAUCUUAUUAAACACUCUUAACCCUCUUAUUUAAUAUAUAAAAUUUUUCCCAAAAAAAUUUUUUUUACCCCCCAUCCUUGAUCGAACGAUGGCGAAUUGUUCGAUCAAGGAUGAGGGCGGAGUGAGCAGAAAUUAGAAUCAAGUGUGAUUUCUGCCAAAUUUGCUCCUUCUGAUUCUUUUAUUGCACUUUUUUUCAAGCAGUCGAUAAAAAUGAUAAAUUCUUCUAGCUUAGAGCCAAUUUGUGACAUCCCUCUCCAAGAGUCCAUCAGGACCGCUGUCAUUGCCCAGUAUGAAGAUAUCAUCGUGAUGGGGACUGAAAGUGGAAAAGUCAUCGUUUUUGACAACAAAAACAAACGUGAUCUCAUCAAUAUGACUGUCCAUAACUCCCCAGUUACCCACAUUUCUCUUAGCAAUGAUGAAAAAAUGAUCUUUUCUACUGAAGUUGAGCAGAAAAAAAAGGUCUUCUAUACAAAAUUCCCAGAACUGAACUUAUAUAAAAGGAUUGAUAAGUCCUCAGGAAUUUUAGGCUUCAGUCCUAUGAAUUCUUUAUUCGCAAAAUUCUCAAGAGAAAUCAAGAUGCUGGACCUGAAGACGAAUGAAGAAACUUUGCUUGGAGAAAUUGUAGGAGUGCAAAGCGUUAUUUAUGCAGGCUCAAAUAAAAUAGUAAUUUGCCAUAACGAAAACAUUUCAGUCAUAAACAAUGAAACCAGCGAAAGAAAAAUGGUCUCUGAUAAAAUCGAUUUGGAUACACCUGUUUGUGCAGUCGCAAAUCAGGAAGGCAACUUGCUGUUUACUGGAGGAAAGCAAAAAAUCAAGGUUUGGGACUUAGAAUUAGUAGACUUUAAGAGUGAGUGGAAAGCUCAUGAAGACAUUGUCACUUGUUUAUUGAUGGCAAAAAAUGAUACGAGAUUGAUAUCAGGAAGCCAAGACAACCAAAUUAAGAUUUGGGAGUAUGUAGAAGGAGUUAGCGAGCUGGCACCACUUCAGACGUUAUUUGGGCAUUUAGGGGUCAUUAAUUCAAUAAAGCUGACUAUUGAUGAAAAAUACUUGAUUUCGGGAGGUAGCGACAAAACAAUGAGAAUUUGGAACUGGGAAGCAGAAACUUGAGAACUUUUAGAUUUUUUUUUAUUUUUUAUUAAAAUUUUUAUAAAAAAAUAAAGGAACAGAAACUUUAUUAGUUACAUUGGUAGAGUCUGAUGAAGUUACAGGGCUAUAUGCAACACAAGAUGGGAAAUAUAUCAUUUCUUCAAGUAAUGAUGGAAAAAUCAAUUAUUGGAGCACGAAGACUUUUACCAAGAUUUUCUACAAUCAAGUCCAAGCCAACAGCAUAAAGAAGCUUUUUGUGUCCCCUAAUGAAGCUUAUAUUGCUUUUAUUCUACAAGCAGGAGACUGCUAUGCUGUCGCCAACCCCUUAGCUUCUAAAACAAUGACAGUUUCAGGGCCAAACAUGGAUUACUACGCCUACCUCCGAGGGUCACCUGGAUAAAAAUCCAGAUAGUUUUUUUUAUGCUGACUUUUACCGUUAGAAAGAAGGAGUUUUUUUCCAGGAAAAAACUCAAAAAACUAUGCCAAAAAAACCUUUUUUUACAAAGUAUAUUAUAAGGAUCCAGAGGUUUCAUUAAUUUAUUUAAUUUUUAUUAUAAGGAUCCAGUUUAUUUUAGCAGCAGGAUCUAAUUUAUUUUAGCAGCACUGUCAGAAAAAAAAAUCUGAAACUUUUUCAAGUUCUUCGCAUACACAUUUUUGAAGAAAUGGGCAAUUUAUAAUGCGGCAAAUAAAAGAUAAAAAUAAUGCUCAUAUGAUCUUGAAUUUAGAAGAUCCAAAAAUCGAAGAAUGCAAGGAUCCUGCAAAGAGAAAAAAAUGUUUCGGAUUGAAAAACCAUUGGUAUUUUUCCUGGAAAAAAAGGAAAAAACUCUGACUGUGCAAAGGCUGAUAACCCUACCUCCGAUACCUCAAAAGCAUCAUCAAUCUUGUUGAUAUUCCUGACCACACCCCUUCUAUGGACGACUGGGUCAUUCUUCCCUACUUCUUAACCGCUCCUCAUUUCUACACCUAUUCCAACUUGUCUGCUUACCUCCGUUCUUCCUUAGAAACAGAGUUCAAGACCGUUGAGUCUUCCUUUGGAGAAACCACUCUGUCGAUUUCUAUGGACAAAGACUACCGUGACUGCAGAAACAUUAUAAUGAAAUCCAUGAUUAAAAACUACCGAGACAAUCCAUUUGCAGUAGCUUGUGUCACAAAAGAGUGCUUUAUUCAGCUGAAUAAAGAAGGAAGCAGGUUUUUAGUUAAACUCUAUGACUUGAUAUUCAGGAGAUGUGUAGGCUAUAACUUGCCAAAAAUGAUAUCAUCAUCACAAGGGACUCCUGCUUAUUUUAGGUCGAAAGAUGUGAUUCCUUAUGCUGUGAAUUUCUUCCCACCUAAGGUAAAACCAGCCAUUACAAGUCCUGCUGAAGUUCCUGAUAGUGCUGUAGCUCCUUAUGACAGUGCAACUCCAGGCGCACAAAGUGGCAGCUUGCAAGAUGAUAAAUUAGCAAGUAUUGCAGGCGCACAGAGUAGCAGCUUGCAAGAGGACAACUUAGCAAAUAUUAAUGCAGGAAGCGGGGUAGUUGAUCUACCUGAAAAGUCUGCUGGCGCAGGUGAAACUGCAACACCACCAGCAGCAGCCCCAGAAGAAGUUCUUGAUAAAUCAGUGUUUUUCAUGCACUCAUUGGUGCCAUUCAAUAUUUCGGCAGGGUCUAUUGAGUCUAUUGAAUUCCUGAAAAGCACCCUUGAUUCCCCUAACCAAGACAUUUUCAGGACAAAAUUUAUACAGUCCAUUUUGCAAGGGAAAUGGAAACAAGUGAGGUGGCUCAUGUACACCCAAGGCCUUCUCUAUGUCCUUUACUUACUCCCCCCCCCCUCCGUGAGUGAACAAAAAAAUUUUGUUCACUCACGGAGGGCGGUUAAUUUUUUUUUUUUAAAAAAAUUUAUAUAUAAAUUUUAUAAAAAAAAAUUUUUUUUCGAAAUUAAAAAAAAUCUAAUUCGCAAAAAUUUGAAAGCAAAUAUUAAUUUAAUUUAUAAAAUUUUAUGUUUUAAAAAGCAAUUCGUUUGAAAUUAAACAGAAUUAGCUCUAGAUUUCAUUAUAAUAAUUAUCAUUUAUAUAUCAAUUUUUUUUUCCAUAAAAAUAUUUUCUAUUAAAAAAUUUUUGUUCACUCGCGGAGGGUGGGUUUUUGGGCAAAAAAUAGCGAUUUUUCUAAUGGUUUUGUUCACUCACGGAGGGGGGGAGUUUAGUAACGCUAUCUCUUUUUGUGCUAUACUGGCAAGACAACCAAAUAAUGCUCGUCAUUCCAUUUGUCCUUACUCCCACAUCCUUGUCGAGCCAAUCUAUAGGUCGAUUAAGAAUGGGUUGUAUUAUAAAUAUUAUAUUUAUUAUUAAAAUUUUCCAUAUAAAUUAUUUUAUGCAUUGUUAAAAUAAAUUAAGAAAUGUGUUUAAAAUCACACUAAUUGCUUAUGAGAGCUAUAUAGCAUCUAAUGUUCAUUAUUAUUUAAGAUAGGCAAUUAUAUUAAUGCAAGAUAGGGAGAAGCCAUAUAAAAAUCGUUCAAGAUGGUAUAAUUUUCUUGAUUUUAUAAGAAAUUGUUAAUGGAUAGGAAACUUAGCAUUAUUUUGACCUCUUAUGAAGUUUAUCAAGCCGUACUAUCACCUAUUGACUAUUUAGAAGACAUUUGGAACUAUAUAGAUAUAUCAAGAGCUGUGCUAUUUAUUGUUUAUACAAUUAUGAACUGGACUGACGGCGACGAAAGCGUUGUAUAUACAUUUUUGAUGGUCACCUCCUUUAUAUCAUGGGUCAGAGGUAUCAGCUAUUUCCGUCUGUACCCACCUACUAGGUAUAUGGUCAACCUCUUGUCUGAAGUCUUUAAAGACAUGAUGAGUUUCCUGAUUUUGCUGUUUUACUCUACCCUAGCUUUUUCAUUUAUCUUUUUGGUUCUCGAUGUACCAACUGAAAGAGAUUCAUUGAUGAGCUAUGUAAGUUACUCAUAUUUAAUCAAUUUAGGGACUUAUAGCUUAGACGGGAUGACUUAUACCAAUUUAUAUAGUAUAAUAUGUAUUUAUUUAUAUUAGCCCGCAGCAUUUAUUUAUUUAAAAAAAUGAUAUAUGCAGUCUUUAAUGUUCUUUAUUGUUACUAUGAUCAACCAAGUCGUCAUGAUGAACUUGCUGAUCUCAAUCGUCGGAGACACCCACGACAGAGUCCAAGAGUCCUUAGAAAUCGCUGACAAUAUGGAGCUGGCCGAAAUGAUUUUAGAAGUCGAGACCUUGUGCUUUUGGAAACGAAACGUCAAAGACGACACCUAUCUCCAAAUUUGCCUAGAAGAUGAGUAUGGUGAAGGCGCAGGAUGGGCAGGAAAAGUCAGAGAACUUAAAGUGAUGAUGAAAGGAAUCAAAGAAGCCCAAGCCAAAGCAGCGGUACAGUCAAGCGAAGAAGUCAAAGAAAUCAGGGAACAAAUUUUCCAGAUUGAAAAGUCGGUGAUGGACGACAAUUUGAAGCUGAAAGAGUAUAUUGAGCAGAUCAAGAAGAACCAGCUAGAAAUCAUGAGAAGAAUGGGCAAAUAA